AUGUCCCCCGCCCGCUCACUCGCCGCCCUCGCCGUCCUCGGCGCGCUCGCACACACCGCGUACGCCGGCGUGUGCUUCACCGCCGGCGGCGUCGGGAUCAACACGCUCAACUUCACCGUCUCCGCGGUCAACACGACGCUGCCCAACUCGAGCACGGCCGGCGCGCCGCUCGGCUGGGGCCUCGCGCUCGGGAGCGCGUCCGCGCGCGGGUCGUGGUGGCUGAUCGACCCCGCGUACGACCCGAUCUACUACGCCGCGCACAACACCCUCUCGCUCACCGACGGCGUCCUCACCGAGGCGUACCCCGCCGUGUUCAAGUCCGCGCCCGUCUCCCCCGGCAGCGCGCUCAUGACCGCGAACGCGGACCAGCUCGCCGGCGCCGCGCCCGAGGACUCGUACUGCGUCGUCGCGCCGGCGGUGUGGGGCGCGCGCCCGAAGCUCGCGGUCAAGGGCCGGACGGACAAGUUCGCGAUCUGCCACUACGAGGCGGGGACGCCCUUCGCGCAGGCGGUUGUCGUGUACGACGGUGACAGCGUCCCGGGCUCGGACGCGGGCGCGCCGGACUGCUACAAGGUCGACCUCUACGUCGACGUCGACGUCGCGCACUGA